GCUACUCGGUCCCUACACUCAUUUCCGAUUGGCCAAAGUCUUUGUUGUUUCCGCUGCAUGUCAGCUUCACUGUGGCGUUUUGUGAGGACCUCCGUUGCUCUGAAAACACAAAGCCUCUGGAUACUGAGUGGUUGACCAUGGCGUCUGACUCGCCACGCAGACCGAGCCGCUGUGCUGGUGGGGUUGUGGUUCGAGCACAGGCUGCAACUGAGCAGUCGUACAUGGAGAGUGUAGUUACUUUCCUGCAGGAUGUAGUACCUCAGGCAUACACUGGGGCACCUCCAAAUGAUGAAAAAGAGAAAAUAGUUUGGGUCCGUUUUGAAAAAACAGACAUUAAUGAUGUGGCCCGCUUACCAGAGUUCCAAGAGAUGCACAGCAGUGGCAAUGACCCGCCUCUCUGCUUGAUGAUUGGCUAUGCUGAUGGAAUGCAGAUUUGGAGCAUAUCACUGAAUGGGGAGGCACAGGAGCUCUUCUCUGUGCGGCAUGGGCCUGUGCGAACUGCUAGAAUCCUACCUGCUCCACAUAUCAGUUCCCUCAACACUGACAGCUUCGCUGAGAAACGGCCCCUCCUCGGCGUGUGCAAGAGCACGGGUUCUUCAGGGACGAGUCCUCCUUAUUGCUGUGUGGACCUUUAUUCGUUAAGGACCGGAGAAAUGGUGAAGUCCAUACAGUUCAAAACACCCAUCUAUGAUCUACACUGCAACAAAAGGAUCCUCGUGGUUAGUCUUCAAGAAAAGAUCGCCGCCUUUGACAGCUGCACCUUUAUGAAAAAGUUCUUUGUCACAAGCUGCUACCCCUGUCCUGGGCCCAACUUCAACCCUAUAGCACUGGGAAGCCGGUGGUUGGCCUAUGCUGAGAACAAGCUGAUCCGGUGUCAUCAGUCCCGUGGUGGGGCAUGUGGAGAUAAUGCCCAGUCCUACACUGCCACAGUCAUCAGUGCUGCCAAAACAUUAAAAACGGGACUGACCAUGGUGGGCAAGGUUGUGACCCAGCUUGCUGGUACCCUACCAUCAGGGGUGCCUGAUGAAGAAGGCACAGCUCACAGUGGUACCCGCCGCAGUCCUCACCAGCCUGGUGUGGUCACCAUAAUAGACACCCACACUGUGGGAGAAGGACAGGUUCUUGUUAGUGAGGAUUCUGAUGGCGAAGGACUGAUUGCACAUUUUCCGGCACACGAUAAGCCUAUAUCCUGCAUGGCGUUUAAUCCGAGUGGUAUGUUACUGGUGACCGCUGACACCCUUGGCCAUGAUUUCCACGUUUUCCAAAUCUUGACUCACCCAUGGGCAUCAUCCCAGAGUGCAGUUCAUCAUCUAUACACACUCCACAGAGGAGAGACUGAGGCUAAGGUGCAGGACAUCUGCUUCAGCCAUGACUGCCGCUGGGUGGUGAUCAGUACUCUCCGUGGCACGUCUCAUGUCUUUCCCAUCAACCCCUACGGUGGUGCGCCAUGUGCUCGCACCCACAUGUCUCCUCGUGUGGUCAAUCGCAUGAGCCGUUUUCAGAAGAGUGCUGGACUGGAGGAGAUUGAGCAAGAGCUGAGCAGCAAACAGGGUGGCCGAUGUAGCCCCAUUCCCGGCCUCUCCAGUAGCCCAUCUGGAUCACCGCUACAUGCCAAACUUACCAGCCAAGAAUCUUUCAACAACUUCACCAAUAACAACAUGGGUAACCCACGUCUGUCUUCGUUACCCAGUUUGACGGUUGUGCUACCACUGGCUCAGAUCAAACAACCCAUGACCUUGGGCACCAUCACCAAGCGCACAGGACCCUACCUCUUUGGGGCCGGAUGUUUUUCCAUUAAAACUCCAUGCAAAGCCAAGCCGCCUCCCCAGAUCUCCCCCAGUAAGUCCAGCGGUGGAGAGUUUUGUGUGGCUGCAGUAUUUGCCUCAUCCCGCUCCUGGUUCAUCACCAACCCCAACAUCAAAAGAGAGAAAGAUCAGUCUCGCCAGGCGGUUGUCGAAUCGCUGUACAUCCUGAGUUGUUACGGCAACCUGGUGGAGCACGUUUUGGAGCCUCGACCAAUCAGCACGGCCCAGAAGAUAAGUGACGACACGCCUUUGGAGCUGAACACCUGUCCGAGAGCCUGUUGGAAUCUAGCCAGGACACCGCAGUGGAAUGAGCUACAACCACCUUUCAACAGCAACCACCCCUUGGUGCUGGCCUCGGACUUUGUGCAGUACUAUCAAUACCUCCUGGCUGGAUUGGUUCCUCCUGGCAGUCCUGGCCCCAUCACCCGCCAUGAGUCUUAUGACAGUCUGGCCUCUGAUCACAGUGGUCAGGAGGAUGAAGAAUGGCUCUCACAGGUGGAGAUUGUGACCCACACCGGCCCCCACAGGAGACUGUGGAUGGGCCCUCAGUUUCAGUUCAAGACCAUCCAUCCCUCAGGUCAGACCACCGUCAUCUCCUCAAGCUCCUCUGUACUACAGUCGCAGGGGCCCAGCGACACCCAGCAGCCUCUUCUUGAUUUCGACACAGACGACCUGGACCUGCACAGCCUCAGAAUUCAGCCAGUUCGUUCAGAGCCUGUUAGCAUGCCUGGUUCCUCCCGCCUGGUGGCUGAUCGCAGAGGCCAAUCUACAGUAAUAGAUACCGGCUCAGGCAUGUUUGACCGCAGCGUCACCCUGCUGGAGGUGUGUGGCAGCUGGCCUGAGAGUUUCGGACUGCGUCACAUGCCCUCUGUGGAAGCCACUGAAGAGGGCCUGAAGGAGAGGCUGGCGGACGCCAUGUCAGAGUCGCCCAGCAGAGACAUUGUGGGAUCUGGAACAGCAGAGCUCCAGCGUGAGGGAAGCAUUGAGACUCUCAGCAACAGCUCGGGCUCCACCAGCGGCAGUAUUCCUAGAAACUUUGAGGGCUACCGAUCACCUCUGCCCACCAACGAAAGCCAGCCCCUCAGCCUGUACCCCACAGCAUUCCCCUGAGCCAACCCAAGCCUGCAGACCAUCUCCACGAUUUCCCACCAUCCGGUAUAUUGCUUUAAUGAGCCCGGGCAUGCAGGAAGAGCAGCUCAACCUGAAUAUCCUUUAUCAGUCGUUGAAGUAUCCUCCACCUGAGUGUGUGUAUGUGUGUGUGUUAAGCUUGACAGGACGUGUGCGAGAGAAAUUCACACUUUUCUCAAAGAUGUGUCAUAUUAUCAAUAAUAUCAAUGGAACUUCCAGUGCGAGUGUGUGAUGGAGAGAGAGAAAGAGAGUGUGUUCUUUAGAUAUGAGUCUUGAUUACCUCUGUUAUUGAGUUCUAAGCGUGAUGCUGAUUAUUAUUAUAAUUCUGAAAAUAGUGUUUGAUUAUGUUUUAGUAGACGUACCGUAGUUUGAAUUGACUUUUAUAAGUAGUCAAAAUUGAUUGUUUACCAUUUAGUCUUGCAUUACACUGUAGUGUUGAUAAUUCUGCACAUUAUUUUCUGUAUAUUUGUUUAGGUUUUUUUUAAAUAAGUGUUUUAAACAUCAUCUGUUUCGUCAACCCAGUCACACGGGAAAAUUUGACUACAGCUAUGGUGGAAAAAUCAAGAGAGUACUUGAAAAUUCUUAAUUCUUGAAUUGACAGUUUAGUUAUGCUUUAGAGUAAAAUCGAAGUGUCAUUAUUAUAUUAUUAUUAUUAUUAUUAUGUAAGAUAACAAAAUUGAGUAAUGUUAAAUGUCUAAUGUAACUUUUUCGAAUGCAAAUGUUGCCAUUUAGACAAUUUUUGCAUGUAAUAACAGAAAAAAUUGCCUGUUUUUUUUUUUAAGACUUAUUUGCAUUCAUAUUCAGUCAACACAAUAGCAAGAUUUGACCAGUUCAAGAGAUCUUUCACUCAAAAAUGAAAAGUCUGUCCUCCUCAACUUGUCCGGAACAUGUUUCUUUCUUCUGUUGAACAGCAACGGAAGAAUGUUGGAAAGCAGCAACCAUUAACCCUUUUAUUUCCUUCUACUUUUUGUGACACAGGUUGUACUUUUUUUGUAGCAGUUGUCAGUGGCUGCUGCUUUCCAACAUUCUUCAGAAUAUCUUGUCAGCAGAAAAAAAGACGUUUAGAAACACUUGAGUGAGAGCUAAUAGCGAGCAAAUCUCCAUUUUUGGGCGAACCAUCCCAUUAAAAAAAAGUAAAGUUUGGUGGAAUACCCCUGAUUUUCAUUUGUUAUUCUGAUCAUUCUGGUCAUUUAUGUUUGAAAUGAGUUAUCAGACCUUUAUAUAAUAAAACAAAUAUAAACAUUUUACUCAAACUGACUUUUCAAGUAAUUUUUUUGUACUUUUUCCAUAGCUAUGUCUUACAUUUUAACAUAUUAGUGGCUAAUUUAUAUGAAAAUGUAUGUCUUUUUUAAACACAGACCUAAAACACAAUACAUAUUCAUACAAAUGAAUCACUAAUUCACCAAAUCAUAAAUAGUAUCUUGGUUUCUAAAAAAAAAAUGAUUUGAUGAAUUCCCUGGAUUCCACUUUUUUUUUUAUAUAUAUAUUACAGAAAAAUAUGUGUUUUCUUUCAGAAGGGAUUUUUGUUUAUUCAUUUUCUCUGUUUGAUUUACUUUAUUGGAUGUGUGUGAGGCUCAUCCUCAUGAUAAUUCAAUGGAGAAUUGCAUUAUUUAGACGAUUUAUACCAACAGUCUCAAAGUUAAUUCCCGGAGGGCUGCCACUUUGCAUAGUUCAACUCCAACCACCUUCAACUCACUCCUGCUUAAUAGCCUGUAGUAGUCUGAACACCUUGAUCAGUUAGAUCAGCCGUGUUUGAUCAGGGUUAAAGCAAAACUGUGCAGAGCUGCGGCCCUCCAGGAGUCCAGUUUGAGGCCUAUGAUUUACACACUACUCCAAAUUGUGGAAAAUCACCAUAAUCAUCAUUAUAUCAUUUUAUAUUGGCUAAUUGAACUCUUUUGUAUAGCGCUGAACAACUUGCUUGACCGGAUGUAACAUUUUCUAGCAUAAAUAGUAGUUGAUCUGAUAUAAGAAGCAUGAAUCGGGCUGCUCAUCAUCAGCUUGUUUGAAUGCUGACAGAUCAGAGCAUGACCGAAGUCUGUGUCGCAGAAAAGAAAAAGCAAACUUAACGGGGAUGUUCAGCAUUAAAGUUGGCACAUGCUUGUAUGAAUAUGACGGGGUUUUGUAAUAAUACUUUCACAAUGUGAUCUUCAAAUAGGAAUUUAUGCAAGUGAGUUUAACGAGUCAUUUGUGUGUUGCUUAAUAGAUGCAUUCUGACUUUGUCAUUCUUUUCUCUUGUUAUUAACUUACCUUGCUCUCUCCUGAAUAUAUUUCUUAUACUAAAAAUAAAUGCAUUUAAAUGAUGAGAUACAAA